AUGUUUGUAAAGGCUCCCAAGAAUCUGCCACCAGCAGCCAAGCAGGCAAAAAUCCUCGAGUGGUUUCGAACCACGAUGGGAGUCUAUUCUUUCAAAGAGCUUGAGAAACUACUUCCGUCCGUCGGAUCGAUCAACGGCAUGCUAGUGAAAGAGUACAUCCAAGCACUUACCGACGAGAACCUGAUCCGUGUUGAGAAGAUUGGCAGUGGUAACUGGUACUGGUCAUUUACCUCGGAUGCCAAGAAGAGCAAGGAAAAUAUGAUCAAUAAGUUGAAGGAGGAGGAAAACAAACUAUUGGCUUCCAUGAAGGAUGCUGAACAGCAAAUCGAGAAGGAAAUGAUGAAACGUCAAGAGGACGAUGAAAUACUCCUAGACGGUGGAUCAGACAGACACACUUUGAUGGAUGCUUACGAGACUCUUGUAAAGGAGAACGAUAUUCUAGACAAGGAAUUGGCACUCUACAGUGACAACGACCCUACUGAGGUUUUGAGAAAAGUGGAGGAAACCAACAAACUCAAGGAGAGCGCUUUAAGAUGGACCGACAACCUUGAGUCACUGGAAUCCUUCCUUGUCAAUUUGACCGGAGACCGAGCUCAAGCUGGAGAAAUCAUGUCCCGAACAUGUGGUGAUGACUAUGUUAUUGGGGAAGGGUUGAAGGAACUGGUGGCCCCAAAUUAG